AUGGCGCGGUCACAUUUCUCCUCUAACAACAGACGUACCACAGCUACAACAACAGAACUCACCACAGUACCAACAACAGAAGUCACAACAGCCUCAACAACAGAAAUCACCAAACCUCCAGCAACAAAAGUUACCACAGCUCCAACAACAGAAAUCACCACAGCCCCAACAACAGAAAUCACUACAGCUCCAACAACAGAAGACACAACAGCUCCAACAACAAAAGUUACCAAAGCAUCAAAACCAGAAAUCACUACAGCUCGAACAACAGAACUCACCACAGCUCCAGCAACAGAAAUCACCACAGCACCAACAACAGAAGUCACCACAGCUCCAGCAACAGAAAUCACCACAGCACCAACAACAGAAGUCAUUACAGCUCAAACAACAAAAAUCACCACAGCUCCAACAACAGAAGACACAACAGCUCCCAGAACAAAAGUUACCUCAGCACCAACAACAGAAAUCUCCACAGUACCAACAACAGAAGUCACAACUCCUCCAACAACUUUACCUUCAGCAACAAAUGUUACCACAGCACCAACAGCAGAAUUCACGACAGCUCCAACAACUUCAUCUCCAACAUCAGAAGUCACAACAUCUCCAACAACAGAUGCCACAACAGCUUCAGCAACAGAAGUUACGACAGUUCCAACAACUUCACUUCCAACAACAAAAGUCACAACAUCUCCGACCACAGAAGUCACAACGGCUCAAACAACGGAUGUCACCACAGCUGCUACAACAUCCGUCGCGACAACAGAAUUCACAACAUCCCUGACAACAGAAGUCACCACUGAUCCAACAACUCUUUGUCCUACUGCUGAAGUCAUCUUAGAGUCUGCAUCCUUCUACCAGAGUGUUCUUGUUUUCUCCUGUUACGCCGGAUACGAGUUGAACGGUGCCUCCGAUACGACCUGCCAAGCAGACGGAACAUGGAGCAAUCCUGUGCCAACCUGCACACGUAAAUAUUAG